CCACUACAAUCUUUGCUGCAGAACAAAACUUCAGUGAAGACUAGUUGGCUUUUCUUCCUCCUUCUUCUUGAAUUGCAUAUCCAGGAGGACGACAUUGAGACGUUCUUUGAAGUCCAGUACCUGAUCCAGUUCGAUGACGACAAGGUAUCAUCCAAAUACCGAGCCCGGAAUUUCGGUCCGUGGUAUGAGAAGACCGGAGACUCGAUUAUGAGUCCAGAAAUCGGCAAAUCCAUUGGCGUGCCUUUUACCUGCUCUUCCAUUAAACGUGAAGUUGGAGGAUUUAGGCGUGUCCGAUGCAAUUCUCCGUUUCAGCAUGUUUGUUCUGUAGGCGUCAUUCGAUGGGCCCGGCUGCCAAAUCUUGCGGAAUAA